AUGGCAGCUAGCAGACUAUCUGGAGCAACAGUGUGGCUGAUGGCGUUUGAUUGUCGCUUCUCAUCUGUCAUUUUCUACAGCUGUAUGUACACAAGUAUCGCCUUAAUGGGUCUUAUAAGCCUUGACCGCUUCUUCAAAAUUGUUCGGCCUUGUGGGAAGGCACUGGGACAAAGCGUCACCUUCAGUGUUGUUACAUCUAGCUUGGUUUGGUUGGUAUUAUUUGCCGGCACAGCUAUCCCAACAAUGAUUCUGACAGACGAGAGUCCAGUGAAUGUAACAUCACAGAACUGCAUGUCUCUGAAAAGUCCAACUGCUAUGGCCCUCCAUAGCUACGUGGUCCUCUCGAUGGAACUUCUCUUCUGGAUCGUCAGCAUACUAAUUGUGUCCUGCUAUGUAUGCAUCACCAUGAAAGUCCUACAGUCAUUCAGAAACUCUGGGAGCAAUAACAGCCAAGGAAGGAAGAGGACCAAGCUGAGGGUCUUCUUUAUACUUCUUGUGUUUUUUGUGUGUUUUGUGCCUCUUCAUAUUGUACGCAUUCCAUCUACAAUUCAUCAACUCUUACACAUCCACAGCUGCAUGGAUUCGUGGGUGAAAAUAGGCCACAAAUUUUGCCUGUGGCUCUCGUCUACCAAUGCCUGUUUGGACCCCCUACUCUACAUCUACCUGUGCAGGGAGUACCGAGACAAGCUAGUGGACAUGCUGAAAGCUAGAGGGAUCUGUGUCGGCUUGUUUUCAGAUGAAAAAGAGGAGGAUUCCCAGUAG